AUGUCUGAUCGCCCAGCAUCACCAGCAUUAGAACCAUUUGAUAUCGCCACAGUAGCAGCCGGUGUGAAUGCAAAAGACCCUUUUGCUGGUCUUUCAAAAGAUUGUCAAGCUGCACUCAACAAAAUUAUCCAAUCAAACCUUAUGACUUGUUUACCAAUGGAUGCAAUAAUUAAAUUAAUGGGACAACCAGCUUUACUUGCCGAACUUCAAAAAGAUCCACUUCAUGCUCUUCCCAAACUUAAACCAACCUUUGAUGAUGCCUGCUCAGUAACGAAAUGCAAAGAUGCUGAUGUUCAAAAUGCUGCAGCAACAGUAUUAGGUGGAUGUGCAACUGACUUGGCUGCCAAAGUACCAAUUGCCGAGCUUAUAUUCGCAGGGCUUGUUAUUUACACACCAGCAAUAGAUAUUAUUUGCUUCAAAGAUCAUGCAGCCGAUUAUUGCCUCUUCGAAACAGAUGCCAUUCUCCUCUCAUUACCACCACCGCCACCAGGACUCGUAAUCCCAGGUUUAGAGAAAGCUCCUCCUCUUCUUGCAUCAGUUGCGAUUACAGCACCAAGUAAUGUAUGCACACCAUGUAACAAGGCUAUUAUCAACACUUUCUUUGAUUACUACAAAAAGACACCAAUAUUUGAGCAAGUAUUGGCAUCUAUUGGUUAUGAUGACAAGAAAAAUGGUUUUCUAAAAAUGUACGAAGAAAACAACAGUUCUCCUGUCACUUUGUUAACUCAAGCUUUUCAUUUACCGUCUCAAUUCAAUACUCUAACUACUUCCUCAUCAACCACAACCUCCAACACCGCCAACACAACUUCUGCGCCAACAAUCACAGCCAACAACACGUCAAUAUCUAUAUCACCACCAUCACCAUCAACUGAUACUAACAUUCCUACUUAUUACGAUCAAAACAAUUACGAAGAUCACAUUCUUCAUAAUCCUUGUUUUAACAUGACUACUACUCCAACUAUACAUGUGCCACCACCAGCAGCAACAUCAAAUACAACAUUUGAUGGUAAUGACUUAUUUAUCGGUGGUAAAGGAGUGGUAGUUAGAGGAAAUGACGAUGGUAUUGUUGAUUGGUCAAAUAAUAAUGACUUAUUUGCUCUGCCGCAAAAUUUUGUUGAUAAAGAUCCUGCUGCCAAUUGGUUAAUCUCUCAAACAACAAACAAUAGUAAUGACAAUGGUAAUACACGAUCAAACGCCUUACCAAUUCAGAUCCAACGAAAUCCAAAGCAUUCACAAGCUAGUCCUCCAAUGUCGUCCGAAGAAUAUCAACGUAAAUUGAAUGAAGAACUGGAAAAGGUUGAUUUUGAAGAUAUCACUGUCAGUGAGCUCAAAGAAAUGUUGAGGCAACGUGGUAAACCUGCAACUGGUAAAAAAGCUGUUCUUAUGCAAAGGCUUCAAGAAGAAAUUGAAUUGGAUCUUUUUCUACAACAACAACAACAACAGCCAUCAUCUGCUCCUGCUACCAUCACCGAAUUUGAUUAUGCUGCACAGCAGCAAUUACAUCAAUUACAUCAAUUACAAGAAAGACCACCAUCAUCAACACCUGCAAUAACUACAGAAUUCAUCGAAUCGUAUGAUUAUAUAAGUUCAAUGUCAAUGAAUCCUGCUGCUGGUGUUAAUACAAAUGAUACGAGCACAAUGGCAAUAAAUCCUCAAAUGCUAAGGAUCAAUUCAUCUUCAUCUUCACCAGGUGUUGAAAAUAUAAAACAAGAGCCAAUUUCUUGUGCUCCUCUAUCAACUAAAACUUCAAUGUCGAGUAUGCAUGGUGAUGACACAUAUCAAUAUCAAGAAAACGUACAUGACCAACAAGUAAUGAUCAUCAAAGCUGAAGAUAAUUUAAAUUUCCUAAAUUAUUCACCAGUAACAAAUCCUAUUCCACAUAAUGAUCAUUAUCAACAAUCAACUCAACAUGUACCAAUGCAAAUUGAACUUCAACAAGAUGGAUUGACAUUUGGUGGUGAUAAUAAUUGGUAA